UUUUGUGACCAUUCCAGCAGUGCCUUCGGUUUGGCAAUGGCUACUAGCAUUACCUAAACCCUAGUCGGCGCUUCAAACUGUCACUCUCGCAGAGUGAAACUCUCAGUCGGCUGUAGCAUUUGGGCUUGAAGCGUUGUCCGCCACACACCACGCUGGAUCUCCGCAUGAUUGAGCUAGCAGCCGUCUUUCACCGUGGCUGCCAGCCGACUUUCAGCCUGGCAGGGCAGCCCUUUUCGUGUUAAGGCCCGUCUCAACCAUAACGUGUAAACUACUACUAGAUUGACCGGCGACACGAUGGAGAUAAAGAGCUUCCGUCUUCAUCCUUCGGCGUCGCGUCUUGUCGAUACGACGGUCCGCACUGCCCGCGAUUCACCUGUGCGCACAACGCGAAGCCGCUUCAGGGGGGAUCGCCGGGACUCCAGCUCUUCAGAAGAGCUGCCAGGGUCCCUGCCAGGGUCCUGACGGUGAGGCUCAGGACGCGCCUCCCGCUUGACUCAAGGGAAACCUUGCGAUUUACUAGGUGGUGAGCCGCGGCCUCUUUUGGUCUCGGCUGAAAUCGGUCAGGCGUAAGUGAAACAUUAAAUCCGAGGACAUCGGAAUGUCGAACCCAGCCGCCGCAUCCGCGCCGGGAGGAGCGGCGUCGUUGGCGAUGGAGGAGAGCAUGCAGGAUAUCGUGCGCGCCGACGGGUACCUGUGGCUCAAGUACGGGCAGAAGAACAUGCACAACAGCCACACCAUACGGUGCUACUACAAGUGCUACUGCUCCAAGAACAAGCCCCCCUGCCCAGCCAAGAAGACAGUCGACUACGACCGCCGCCUUCCCAUCUCAACUUCCACCACACGAAUCAACCACACCAACCGGUCUCACAACCACCGCGCCCCUCUCAACUGCUCCAGCGAUACUAGUUGUACAGGCCAGGGCUGCUCUCUCAACCACUCCUGUGGUGCUUCAACAGCCCAGGGCUGCUCCCUCAACCGCUCCUGCGGUGCUGCUACAGCCCAGGGCUGCUCCCUCAACCGCUCCUGUGGUGCUGCUACAGCCCAGGGCUGCUCCCUCGACCGAUCAUGUGGUGCUGCUACAGCCCAGGGCUGCUCCCUCAACCGCUCCUGUGGUGCUGCUACAGCCCAGGGCUGCUCCCUCAACGCCGCGGACUCGAGCUCGUGGACCCCUGGCGCCAUGGGCAGUACCAGCAACGUCAGCAACAUCAGCAACGUCAGUGGCAUCAGCAACGUCUGCAACGUCAGCAACCUCUGCAACGUCAGCAGCGUCAGCGACAUCACGCUGGCUUUGCUUCUGAGCAGCGAUGGCUCCCGCGCUGAAUCGCUGGCUGAAUCCGGCUGGCUGAAUCCGGCGCUUUGCUUCGCGCUGGCUGGAUCCGGCUCCAAUGGACGCGCUGCUUCCUCUGCUUCUCAUGCUAGUCCCGGCACGUGUAACUCUUCACAAUCAAAUGCGGUUCCUGCUGCUGUUCUUGCUGCUGCUUCUACUGCUGCUCCUGCUGGUGCUCUUGCUUCUCUUCCUGCUCCUUCUCUUGCUGCUGCUCCUACUGCUGCUCUUCCUGCUUCUCCUGCUGCUGCACUUGCUGCUGUUCCUGCUGCUGCUCUUGCUGCUGCUCCUGCUGCUGCCACGUCUGGUACAAGCCCUCCCCCGCAGAGCCGUGGGGAGUCCACUGCUCCCGCAGGUGCUCCAGCGGUUUCAUCUCUUCUCUUCAGCUCCUCCUGCGAAACGCUCACGGCCGAAGGUGGCGAAUUCGGCGAAUUUCUGGAGGAAACCGGCCCUCCGGAUGAAACCGGCCCUCUGGAUGCAGGCUGGCCGUGCGCUAAGAGGGUCCGUCUGACACCCACUGAAGAGGCAACGUCCUCUGCAGGCUGUUCCCCCCCCAGCAUGGGAUUUUUUGAGGCAGUGCCUGUAGAUUUGGAGCAGCUGUGCGGUGCUGACUUUUGCAUCCCUGAGCCGUGCAGCGCUCCUGAAUUUGCUGCUGCCAGUGACCUUCUGUUUUUUCCGCCUGGUCUUGCGAACGCCGAUGCCUUGCUCCAGGAUCUUCUUGAGGAGGCCUCUUGGCUGGAAGCAGGAAGUGCGAGCCUCGAGGUUUCCUGGGGGGAGUGUGGCAGUCUGGAUGACCAAGAGUCUCACAGAGAGUCGUUUCAAUUGGCGCGAGAUGCUUCGUGCAUGUGGGGCGAUGGCGUUGCGGGGGAAUUCCUUGAUGGGACCGUAGAGUCUGCAGCUGAGGGAAGUCUCAGUUGUAUGUCGUUCAGUGGGCACAAUGGCAGGCGUGAUAGCGGGCCCAUGAUGUUGAGGCCUGGUAGUGUGCACGGCAUUUUCAGCUUCAUGGGUGGGAGUGAUUCCCUUAGCGUUUUCGACCUGAUUGGUUGUUAGCAUACCGUAUCCCCCGUAUAUAACACCUGCCGGAAUAGUCACUUCGUGGGUGGUUACAGGGCCGAUGUUUCAUAAAAAACCACUCUGAUUUUG